AUGGCUAACGAAUUUACCUUAUGUACAUGGAACUUAAGAACACUGUACAGACCAGCGGGCCUUCAACUUUUAUGUCAACAACUUGCAAAUCACAGAGCUGAUAUAACAGCGGUUCAGGAACUUAGAUGGUUGGGACAUGGCGUUAUUGAUAAACCAGAUUUCGCCAUAUAUUAUAGUUGUAAUGAAAAGCAUCAUACCUUUGGAACAGGUUUCGUCGUGAGCAAACGCCUAAAACAUCUUGUAAUUGAUUUCCAACCAAUUAAUGAACGUAUGUGUAAAAUCAGACUUAAAGGUAAAUUUCAAAAUUACACAAUCAUCAAUGUACAUGCUCCGACGGAAGACACUGACCUCGAAGAGAAGGAAAGAUGGUAUUCCGAUGUGGAAAGCGUGUAUUCCAAAUCUCCCAAAGGUGACAUCAAAAUUGUAAUUGGCGAUAUGAAUGCAAAGGUGGGAAGACAAAGUAUAUACCGACCAACGAUAGGCUCCCACAGCCUACACGAAAUAUCUAACGACAAUGGCACACGUCUCAUUGAUUUGGCAACUUCCCUAGGAAUGGUCGUCGGCAGCACACGCUUUCCACACAAGAAUAUCCAUAAGAUAACGUAUGUCUCCGCGGAUAACGUUACCCGAAACCAAAUAGACCAUAUUUUGAUAGACGGGAGACACUGCUCUAAUCUUCUGGAUGUCAGAAGCCGUAGAGGAGCAAACAUCGACUCCGAUCACCAUCUUGUUGUAUGCAAAAUAAGAGCACGAAUAUCACGGUACAAGUACACCAAAACGGUAAGAACAAAAAAGAUUGAAACAACAAGGCUGAAGAGAGAACAGGAUGUCAAAUACAAAUAUAUGGACACAGUUCACAGAGAACUUAUGAAAGUGGGCGAAAGAAAUAGCAACAGCAUUGGCGAUCCUGAUAGCACCUGGCGGAAUCUUAAAGGGGUUUUAUCUACGGCUGCUAGUGAGAUUUUGGGAUUUGAGGAAAAACCGAAGCGUAACGACUGGUUUGAUGAUGAAUGUCAGAAGAUCACUAAUGAGAAAAAUGAUGCGUACAGAUUAAUGCAACAGAAGUACACUCGCGGGCGUGGAGAAGAGUAUAAGAAGCGAAGAAGUCGAGAAAAACACCUACAUAAGAGAAAGAAAAGAUCGUACGAAGAACAACAACUGCGUGAGAUUGCAUCUAGUUACACACAAAAGGAAACUAGAAACUUCUACAACCAAGUAAAUGGGGACGGAAAGAAUUUAAACCCAGAACCACGGCGUGUAGAAGUAAGAAUGGACAGCUACUUAAUGAUAAAGAUGAGAUCGUUCAAAGAUGGGCUGAAUACUUUCGUGAACUCCUUAACAGUUCAGUGCAGACUCGUCCACUCUCUUUACCUGUACCUGAAGCUUUACUAA